GCGAGCUCGAGAAUCGUCUUCGGUUGAAGCUUCUUCACUUCUGUCUCUCCUUCAUACAAUUUCUUCCCUCUGGUAGGGUUUGUCACUCCUUCGAUACCCUUUGAUUCUUGGACAAUACAGCUUCAAUCGUUGACGAAUUCGACUUUUUGCGCAUUCGUUCUCAAAUUGCCGGCUCUUGAAACCUCGCUUUCAAUAUGCAUUUCUCACUCCUUACCACGGCGACUUGGAUCGCCUAUGCCAGUGGCGCAGCAGUGGACCUGCUCAAGCGGGACACCCCACUGACUGUUGUGCUGACCUCGCUGGGCGACAGUAAGGUCAAGGCUUCCGUCACCAACAACGACGCUCGUGGCUACAAUCUGUUCUACAGAGGUACCUUCCUAGAUGGAGAUUCGCCGGUAGACAAGUUUACUGUCAACGGACCAGCCUCCCGUGCAGCAUUCAACGGAAUUCUGCUCCGCAUGGCCACGACCAACCUCGAGGCCACUCAUUUUGUGCCCAUUGAGCCGGGUCAGACCAUUUCGACCGAAGUGGAUGUCGCUGAGCUUUACGAUGUCGAAAACACAGACAAAUACACUGUUCGCGCCACUGGCUCCAUGCCAUACGCCGACUUGAACAGCACGACCCUUUCCGGAGAAUCAGUGGCCUUCUCGAGCAACACCCUCACCUUAGACAUCGACGGCGACAAAGCAAAAGCAAUCCCAUAUCUUGCUCACAAGAUCGCUCACAAGCGAACUGAGCUCGACACCCAAGGCUGCUCUCGAGAAAGGGGAGCUGCUCUCCAGACCGCUCUUUCUAACUGUGCCGAUCUUGCGAACAACGCCGCCUCCGCAGCGCAGGCUGGCCACAAGAUGCAAGAAUACUUCAAAUCUUCUUCCAGCUCCGUUAUUCGCACUGUGGCCGCCCGCUUCAAGGCUGUUGCUGAUGAGUGUGCGACUACCAAUAGCGGCGUCACCCAGUCAUCUUGCGAAGACGAGUACGGCGCCUGCCAAUCAGGUGUGAUCGCAUACACCUUGCCUUCGCAAAACUACAUUGCCUACUGCGACAUCUUCUACGAUGACCUUCAAGCUAUCUCGAAGCGAUGUCACGGCCAGGAUCGAGCAACGACGGUGCUUCAUGAGAAGACUCAUGCACCUCGCGUCUAUUCUCCAGGCACCGAUGAUUACGCUUAUGGAUACUCGGCUUCAAGGGCUCUAUCCUCUCAGCAGGCCGUCAACAACGCAGAUACCUACGCACUUUACGCCAACGCUUUGUACGCAGGCUGCUGAUGUGACUCCGUCUAACAAUACGGACCAGCGCUCAGUCCCGCGAACAGAUCGCAUGACAGCUUGGCCCAAGGAACAGACGUUGAAAAGCCAUGCCGCUUUUCGGCCGGUCUCAUAUAGACACUACUCCAGCGUGUAGUGA